AGUUUGUGGUUGCUAUGGAAACCACAAACUCGAGGCAAAAAGUGUGUUGGGGCGGAAAGGUAGUUAAGAAUAGCCCUGCACCCGCCCGAUGGCUUUAGCAGGCGGGAAGGGAGGGAAAGACAGCCCCUUAAGGAAUGAUCCUUGCCAAUAUGAGAUAACCCCCAUAGACGAGAACAUAUGAUGUUUCUACUGGAAGAUAUCGCAGUUGAUGUAUUGAGAAGACUUAUAGAAAAUCACUGUUCCUACAUCUUUAUAUUGGGUUUAGCCACCUAUCCUGCCCUGUUCCGAAUACUGCAAUGGUCUCUGCUUCAUUUUGGGCAGAUGGAGGUCCUCUAUGCAGUCUAUGUAUCUGCCAGACUUGUCUCUUCGCUGCAGGCCAUCAUGGCUUCCACAGUCGGCUACAUCAUCUCUACAUCCUGCAAGCACAUUAUCGACGACCAGCACUGGCUCACCUCUGCCUACACCCAGUUUGCGGUCCCCUACUUCAUCUACGACAUCUAUGCUAUGUUCCUGUGUCACUGGCACAAGUACCGAGUCAAAGGGCACGAGUCAGGGUCCGCGGGAACACGGACGCUACGCACCGUCAUCCGGACCUACCUGCGCAAGGAGUUCCUCAUGGUGGUCCACCAUCUCUUCAUGGUGCUGGUUUGCUUCCCCAUGUCUGUGCUGUGGCGCCAGGGCAAAGGCGACUUCUUCCUGGGUUGUAUGUUGAUGGCUGAACUCAGCACCCCUUUUGUCUGCCUCGGCAAGGUGCUCAUCCUGUACAAACAGCAACACACCCUGCUCCAUAAGGUGAAUGGGUUGGUCAUGCUGAUUACCUUCUUCUGCUGCCGGAUCCUGCUCUUUCCAUACAUGUACUGGGUCUAUGGGCAAUAUGCUGGCAUGCCCUUGUAUCGCGUGCCCUUUUCCAUCCCUGCGGAGUACAACUUGGGAUCAGCCAUCCUCAUGGCACCCCAAAUUUACUGGUUUGGCCUCAUCUGCCGAGGAGCUUUCCGUGUGUUUCGUGCCCGGGGUGCCGCCUCUAAAGAGCAAGUGUUACGAAAUGGGCACAGACCAGAGAACCAGGCGCUGGACUGACACCUGGCCUCCCUCCUCCACCAAUGGACAGACCACCUUUUUUGUUCCUCUAACUUAUUAUUUAUUUAUUGAGGGAUGGGGAGGGACUGGAUGGAUGUAGGGGGAAGGGGGGGGCUUCUUAAGGCCAAAAAAAAAAAAAAAAAGGUUGGGGAGGGGUUGGAAAGGGAAGGGUCUCCAACACAAGUAUCUGAGAGGGCACAAAAUCCAGAUCCCUUGGUUUAAUGGCAUUGAGGUUCUUCUGAAAAGGCAAAACUGUCAGUAUUUUUUUUAAAUCUCUGUUGGGAAGCACAGGUUGCCUCCGAAGCCAAGGCAGAAUUUUGGGGGUCUACUUUCUGGGGAGACUGGUUUGAGUGCAAAAAAGGCCAAAACGGGAGAACAGGAAGGGGUGGAAUUUUAGGAUGGGUGAGGAAAGCUUCCAAGACAAACCAAGAGGAGCACAGCCUCUGCCAAAACGCAAAUGUCUAUGUUUAUGCAAACGGCUCUCGGCACACAAUUAAGAUAACAAAGCAAUUACCUGUGCAUUUUGCUAAGCCAAGCAGUCAACCCAUAUCAUUUUGAAGUGUGUGUGUUCGUGGAGAGAGAUUCCACUAUGUGAGAACAAAGGCAAAUGCUAGUGUUGCUGAUGGCAGGGUGUGGAAUACAGGUGGAGAUAUUCCUAUUCGUAAAAGAAUACGGAUAUCCCCAUCUCUGGAGUGGAAAAUAGACACAUGGUUUUUAUUUUCUGUGCUAUCAUCUAUAGUUGCAGGACUCCAGGUAUUAUUAAAAGGUGCUGGAGACAUAGGCUGGGGUUUGGAUUUCCCCACACCAUAACUAUUAGGGUUCUAUCAGCAGAAUUAGUCAUCGCUGUAGGAUUACCCUCAAAGGGCGGUCCAGCAUCCUGCAUUUUUGGAUGCUGCUGCAUCACAAGUGACUCUCAGUAUUAUUUAUUUAUGCUUUUAUAUCCCCAAGUGUUUUGCAGAUGUAUUCUCUUGUAUCGGGAAGGUGACCAGCGGAUGCUUUCUAACCUAUGUAUGGCCUCCAACUAGCAAUAACCAAGCAGGGGAGGGCUUCCUCCCCCACCUUGCCACCUCUCCCCCCCCUCUGCACAUAUAACCCCUUCACUCUUCUCCCUAGAAACCUCCACUCCAUAGGGAUCCAAUUGUAAAUAGGGGACGGAUAGGGUGUAUUUAUCACGCAAGGUCUGCAAAGUAUUAAAAGGAGCCGCUAUCCAAUGCCA